GUUUUGUUUACGUUAUAAAUCGUUGAAGAAGAAUUGGGUCAUUGAGUGAGUACUGAGUACAUACUUUCUAGAUCGUGUUCAUAUUAAAGCCCUUUAACAAAAAAAAUAAAAAAAAUCGUGUUCAUAUUUAUAUACACACACAUACAUCAACUUGUAUCAUCAGCCAAUACUAAGAAACAAGAGAAGAAAGAUCAUUUCAAUUGGCAAAUACAAAAUUCACAGAAUAAGAGUCAUGAGAUCUACUACUUUAGUUUUGGUUUCUUGUGUUUUCAUGUCUUUCAUUUUGACCCAUGUGAAAGAAGUGGAAGCUGGAUUGGAUCCCAUGGCGGCUAACCUACGCGUCCGGAAGGAUAUAUUUAUCGGGGGAUGCGGCGGCGACGGAAACAAAACAUGCAUGAAAGACUUUGUUAAGAAAGGAGGUGUGAUGAAUAAACCUAUUAGUUGCGAGUGUGAUGACUUUGGCUACGAACAUUUAUGCCGGUGUAAUUUUUCUUAAUGUAAUUUUUCUUCAUAUCCUUUACAUUAAAUCUCCCAAAAAAACCAUAGAAGAAACUAGUUUUAUAUUGUGGUGUGUAAUAAUCUUAAAAGGCCUUAAAGCCUCGUUUCCUUGACAUUUGUACAAUUUCCUUUCUUUAUCUAUGAUUAUCAGAACUUGUCGAUGUGUGUUUCUUUUGA